AUGGGACUACAAGAGCAGCAAAAGGUUGCGGACGAAACAAUCACGAAGGCAUCUCCAGAGCUGCGGGAUAUAAAUUGGGAUCUACACUCGCAUCCCGAGGUUUUAUUUCAAGAGCACCAUGCACACAAGGUGUUGACUAAUUUCCUGGAGGAGCGAGGGUUUAAAGUCGAUCGCAGUGCCUUUGGGCUCGAGACAGCCUUCAGAGCCUCGUAUGGACCCGAGGGGGCUCGUGCCGUGGCAAUCAACCUUGAAUAUGACGCCUUAGAGCAGAUUGGGCACGCUUGUGGUCAUAACCUGAUCGCUACGGCAGGACUGGCAGCUGCCAUCGGGACGGCCGAGGCUAUCAAACAGGGCAAAAUCAAUGGACGUGUCGUCGCCAUCGGCACACCCGCAGAGGAGGGAGGCGGAGGGAAGAUCAAAAUGAUUCGUGCCGGAGCGUACGAUGACAUCUUCUGCUGUGUAAUGGUCCAUCCCGCGAAGAAGGACAACGCAUACGUGACUUCGAUGUGCGGGUCCGAACUAACCAUCGAAUAUAUCGGCAAACCCGCGCACGCAAUGGCGGCGCCGUGGGACGGCAUCAACGCCCUUGAUGCCGUGACUCUGCUACAGACCAGUAUCGGGCUGCUCCGACAGCAGAUUAUGCCCUCGGAUCGCAUCCGGGGCGUCGUGCUCCAGGCUGGACAGCGCUCUGGGGUGAUCCCGGCUUAUGCCAAAGCACGUUACUGCGUACGGUCCGCUAGCCUGGAGAGAUACAGUGUCCUGAAGCAGAAGUUCAUCAAUUGCCUGGAAGCCGCGGCACUUGCGACGGGCUGCGAGCUGAAGACGGACUGGCUUCCUGCGUACUGGGACAUUCGGACCAAUGAAGCGCUUGCAGCCAAGUUUGUCGAGCACAUGGAGCGGCAAGGCGUGUCGUUUCGCUCCGCGUACGAGCAGAAGAUGGACCAGGAUUGCUUCAGCACCGACAUGGGCAACGUCACCUACGUCGUUCCCAGUAUCCAUCCCACGUUCGAGAUCAUAAGCCCAGGAGGCACGAUACACACAGCCCACUUUGCGGCUGCGGCACGGGCUCAAGACGCGCAUGAUCGAACGCUGAGGUGUGGCAGGGCUAUGGCUUCAACAGCGCUGCAAGUGCUGAUGGACGAUGACUUUGCCGCAGCAGUAAGGCGUCAGUUUGAUGCUGAGGACUGGUCAAUUGCUGCCGAUCCAGCCCUGGCUUAG